AUGUGUGUACAGCCCGCGCGACUUUGUGCCGCCAGGUGUGACAUGUGUGACCAGCCGCCGCCGCCGCCGCCGUCUCGAGCGCGGUCCCGCGGGCGGGCGCGCGGGGGCCAGGAGGGGCCCCGGGAGGGGGCUCGCGGGCGGCGGGCGCCGGGGGGCCGUCGCAGUGGCAGCGCGGCGCCCGCGCGCGGGACCGCCGCCGCCGGGCGCCUUCAGCAGCCACGGCUGCCGGGCGCAAGCGCGGUCGGGCCGCCCCGCGAGCUGGACGCGGAGGCGCUGGGCCGCCGCCUGCAGGGCGUGACGUUGGCGGAGCCGCCGCCGGGCGCAAGCGGGGUGGGGCGCGCUAACCUGCGCGGCCGCCGCGUCGCCCAGGAGCCCUUCCUCCGCACGCGGCCCGCCCACGUGACCACCAAGCAGGGCGCGAGCGGCGCACGCAUCAAGCUCUCCGCAAACUACUUCCGGCUCGAGACGCACACGGACUGGCGGCUCUACCAGUACCGGGUCGAUUUCGACCCCGAGACGGAUCAAACCGUCGUGAAGAAGGGCUUGUUGCGCGUGCAUCGCGAGAGUCUUGGCGGGUACAUCUUUGACGGGACCGUUCUGUUCACGAGUCACCUUCUCUCGCAGGAUAGAGCGCAGGUGAUUGAAUUGUUCUCGAAGAGGGCUGAUGAUGUUAAUAUUAGGAUAACUAUUCGCCUUGUCGGUGAUUUGGCAUUAGGAGAUUAUCAUUACUUACAGUUCUUUAAUAUUUUGAUGCGAAAGUGCCUGCAGCAUUUGAAGUUGCAAUUAGUUGGUCGCAAUUAUUUUGACCCCAUGGCGAGAAUUAACGUAAAAGAGUACAGAAUGGAGUUGUGGCCGGGAUACGUUACAUCGAUACGGCAACAUGAAUCCAGUAUCUUAAUGUGCGCUGAAAUUACGCACAAGAUAAUGCGAAAUGACACGGUUCUCAAUAUUCUUACUGAUGCUAUUAACGCGCACGGAGCGCAGGGCUACAGGCGCUCGUUCCAACAGAAUAUAAUAGGCGCUGUAGUUCUAACAGAUUAUAACAACAGAACGUACAGAGUAGAUGAUGUCGAUUUUGAUACGUCUCCCAUUUCGACGUUCAAACUGAGGUCAGGAGCAGAAAUAAGUUACAAAGACUAUUAUAAACAAAAAUACCAAAUAAGGAUAACUCAGGAUAAUCAACCACUUCUGGUUUCUCGUACCAAAGCCAGGGAACAACGAGCAGGGCAGUCGCCCCUGGUGUAUCUUGUUCCGGAACUGUGUCGAAUGACAGGUCUCACUGACGAAAUGAGGAAUAACUUCCAACUGAUGAGGGCCCUUGCUGAGCACACACGUGUUGGGCCCAGAAGUCGCGUGGACAAAUUGCUGAAAUUUGGUCAGAGAUUAACACAAGAGAAGGCUAUAUCUGAAGACUUCCGAGAGUGGAACAUGCGAUUCGGUCAGAGACUGCUUGAAUUCGAUGCUCGAGUUAUGCAGAACGAGCCGAUCAUUCAAAGCAGCAAUGAUAAGUACAACCCGAGCGCACUAGUGGACUGGACAAGAGAUCUAAGAAGUAGGCCCAUGUUAGUUAUGCCCGAAUUCAAUGUAUGGGCAGUAAUCGUUCCAGGAAAAAUGAAAAGCUCUGCAAUGUCCUUCAUAUCCACUCUCCAGAAAGCGGGUGGAGGAAUGAGGUUUAGGAUUCCAGGACCUCAAUGCUUCGACAUAAUGGAUGAUAGAGCUUCCACGUAUGUGGAAGCAAUUGAAAGGGCAAUAAAUACUACUAAUCCACAGUUGAUUAUGAUUAUUGUUCCAAACAACAGAGCCGACCGGUACAGCAGCAUCAAAAAGAAAUGUUGUGUAGAUCGUGCUGUAUCGUCGCAAGUCGUUCUUGGUAAAAAUUUAAAUGCAAAAGGAGUUAUGUCAAUCGCUACAAAAGUCUCCAUUCAAAUCUGCUGUAAAAUCGGAGGAGCUCCGUGGACCGUGGACAUGCCACUGUCAGGUUUAAUGGUAGCAGGAUUUGACGUCUGUCACGACACAACUACCAGGGGAAGGAGCUUCGGCGCAAUGGUGGCCUCUCUCGACAAAUCUAUGACACGUUACUACAGCGCCGCCUCGGCUCACACCACGGGAGAGGAACUGUCAAACGACCUCUCCUUGAACAUGACAAAGGCUGCUAGAAGGUACAUGGAUUACAACAACGGAGCCCUGCCAGCUCGCAUCAUAAUCUAUCGGGAUGGAGUAGGGGAAGGGCAGAUUCCGUACGUAUUCGAACACGAAGUAAAUCUCGUGAGAGAAACCCUAGGGAAAUUGUACGCUUCUGCAGGAGUUACUUUGAAGUUGGCAUAUAUUAUAGUCAACAAGAGGAUAAACACCAGAGUUUUCUUGAAUAAUGACAACCCACCGCCUGGAACAGUGGUGGAUGAUUGCAUAACUCUCCCGGAGCGAUACGAUUUUUUUUUAGUAUCGCAGACAGUUCGGCAGGGCACUGUCAGUCCAACAUAUUAUAAUGUAAUCAGUGAUAAUGUUGGUCUGGAUCCCGACAAAAUGCAAAGGUUGUCUUACAAGCUCACUCAUAUGUAUUACAAUUGGAGCGGAACGGUUCGUGUUCCAGCACCGUGUCAGUAUGCUCACAAGUUGGCAUACUUGGUUGGACAAGCACUGCACCGCAGCCCCAAUAAUAGGCUUGAAGAUUACCUUUAUUACUUAUAA